CAUUCCUUCUUGCACUCAUUCACAUCUCACAAUUCCUUCUUUCACCCCUUCAAUACUCAACACCUUCUCUUCCUUUAUUCUCUUAUCUAUUCAGGCGCACUGCACAGAACAUUAGCACAAGACAAAGGAGACAUGGCCUUAAACCAGUAUUUUGAGGACGUUGUGCCCCAGUUGGAUUCCUUUGAAGAUAAAUCAUCUCUGAAGACAUGGAAAUGUGGUGGUGAUGAUGAUAUUGCAGAUUCAGAUAAAAAAGCCUCCAGUGGCUUUGAGUGCAACAUCUGUCUGGACUGUGUGCAAGAUCCAGUGGUUACUCUCUGUGGUCAUCUCUAUUGCUGGCCCUGCAUUUACAAAUGGCUUAACUUCCAAAGUGGCUCCUCCGAAAAUGAAGAGAAGCAACAAUGUCCAGUGUGCAAAUCAGAAAUCUCAGAGUCAUCACUUGUUCCACUAUAUGGCCGUGACCAAAGCACACUACCUUCCAAAGGAAAAGGUCACCAAGUAGGGAUUGUGAUACCAAGAAGACCCCUUGGUCCUUCAUGGCUGACCAACUCAUCAAGAUCACGGGAUUCUGAAACUUUUUCCCGACAUGUUUAUCAUCACCGCCAUUAUCCCAAUCAUCCUCAACAGUUCAACUCAAUUCCUGGCAGUUACCCUUCACCAAUGUUCAACGCUGGUGGUUCACUAGCCAAUGCAUUUGAUCCAACAUACGGAAUCUUUGGAGAGAUGAUAUAUGCAAGGGUCUUUGGAAACCAGUUGACUAACAUCUACACAUACCCAAAUUCAUAUGAUCCUUCAGGGAACAGUAAUCCAAGGGUCCGAAGGCACUUAAUGCAAGUUGAUAGGUCACUCAAUAGAAUCACAUUUUUCCUCCUUUGUUGCCUAGUUUUGUGUCUUCUCUUAUUCUGAUUGCUAUUCCAUAUUUUUUUUCUGCUACACAUCCCUGUAUAGAAUACAAGCACUAUGCGGAUUCUGCUAGAAGCAUCAUAUAUUUUAGAGUUGUUUGAUGUUUAGAUGUUUGUAACAGGCCCGUUUUGGUACAUAGCUUAAUUGUGGACUUAAUGAAUAAAUGUUUAUCGUAUUAGCAUUUGUGUUCAA